GGCAGAUCAGAGGAGGCAGAAAUGAAUUUGGGGGCUUUUCCGGUACUUUUCCUGACGAUAUUGUUUCAUCAAGCUAUUAGUCAGGAAGAAGAGUUGACGGCACCAGAAGAUGCAGGUCUCAACAAGGAUGACAUAUUUGCAAAGCAUUCCUGUGACAAAGCCGAGAUACAACAACUGAUUGUGGACAGGCACAAUGAACUAAGGUCCCAAGUGUUUCCUCGUCCCAGCAACAUGUUGAAAAUGCAAUGGAGUGCAGAAGCAGCAGCAAAUGCAGCGAAAUGGGCGGCAGUAUGUGCACAAGUCCACAGCAAACCAGAACAAAGGGUAGUGCCUGAAUUCCAUUGUGGAGAAAACUUAUACAUGUCUAACAAACCCCACAACUGGAUCAAAGUUAUCCAAGGUUGGUAUGAUGAAUGUAACGACUUUGAAUACGGAGUAGGAGCAAAAGCAAAAGGAAAAGUUAUUGGACAUUACACCCAGUUAUCCUGGUAUAAAACGUGGAUGGUAGGCUGUGCAUCGUUCAUGUGUAAGGAUAAAGCCUUACGGUACUAUUAUGUUUGUCAAUACUGCCCAGCAGGAAACGAGAAAAAUUCACUUUUUGUUCCCUACACAACGGGAGAACUUUGUGCCAACUGCACCCAUGCUUGCAGUAAUGGAUUGUGUACUAACCCUUGCCCCUAUGAGGAUGAUUAUGAAGAAUGUCCAACAAUGAAGGAUCUCUGCGACUCAGAAGAGGAAGGAUAUGAAGAGGAAGAAAAGAUUAAGAAUGUGUGCGCAGAAACGUGCAACUGCGAUGCACAUAUUUGAUGAUUUCGGUUGGUUGUUUCAAUGAUAAACCAUGUAGCAAAACAUAUAUAUCUGAACGUUUGCAGACCUUAUCGCCCUCAAAUUUACAUAGCGUCAAAAAAAUAAAAAGCCACUAAUAUGUGCAAAUAAAACUAUUUGUGUGCUAUAGCGGACUUCCCUGAAUUUAUUAUCCUAAUUUUUAUGCAAUAGUAAGAUUUUCAGUAAAUUGAUUCACAAAUCUUUUAUGACCACUUCAAAUAAAGACUUGUUUAAAGAGAUGAUUUUCAAAGAUUAAAACAAAAUCAUUUA